AUGCUGUCGGCGACAAUGCGAUCUGUCGCGGCCCAGGCACUGCGCCCCUGCGCCCGCGGCCUGCCGGCCAAGUCGCUGCCCUCACGUGGCGCCAUCGUCCGCCGAAGCUUCCUGGUCGCGCCUAGCUACAAGUCGAAGGUCGCCGUGCGUGGCUUUGCAACAGCCACCGCCAGCAAGAUCACGGGCCGUACCGCCGCGAAGCCCGCGACAAAGACCAAGACCACGUCCAAGGCGAAGGGCACAGCGACAAAGGCCAAGAAGACCGCGAAGGCGCCGGCCAAGAAGAAGAAGGCUGUGGCGAAGCCGAAGCGACCGGUCAUCAAGAAGAAGAAGAAGGAAUUGACCCCUGAGCAGAAACAGGCAGUGCUGAAACGUGAGCUCAAGAGGAAGUCAUUGGCGGGUCAAGAGCCCAAGAGCCUGCCUGCGACCAGAUGGGUGGUUUUCAUGAGCAACGCGUUGAAGGGGAAGCCGUCCGGCGGGAUCGGCGACACUGGCAAGAAAAUGACAGCCAUGUCCGCCGAAUUCAAGAGCCUUUCCCCCGCCGAGCUGGAGCGCCUGGAAGAGACUGCAACACAGAACAAGGCGGUCAAUGCUGGCAACUGGAAGACCUGGAUCGAGAGCCAUUCCGUAGCCGAGAUCCAGGAGGCGAACGUGGCCCGCAAGCGCCUCAAGCGUGAAUUCAACAUGACGCCUUUCCCCAUCAGGCUCGUUGACGAGCGUUUGCCCAAGCGUCCUGCGACCGCCCCGUACGCCUACUUCGUCAAGGCCAAGCGAGCCGAUGGGCCCAAGACAACUGGACGCCAACACUUCACGAAAGAGCUGAGCGAGGAGUGGCACGCUCUGUCGGCGGCUGAGAAGAAGCCAUACCAGGACUUAGCAGCUGCUGAAAAUUCCAGGUUUCGCAAGGAACUGGAGAAGCUCUCGAUUUGA